UAUAUUAAAAAAUCCAAAACUAUAUUGUCAUCAUUAACAAUAAAUUACAAUUUAUACUAAAAUUAAAUAAAUAAUUUGCACUGCUCCGCAUCAAUAGUUCUAUCCACUGUACUGAUAAUGUUACCAGUAUAAUAAAAAUAUACACAGAUAAACAUAAAAUGCAUAGGUAAUAAAUGAUAAUAUAGUUUACACAUACUGACAAUAUAAUGUUUGAUUUGAUUGCUAAUGUUAUAAUAAUAGUUUACAAAAAAUUAACAAAUAAUAAAUUCUGAUUAGACAAGACUUCGGUUACAACAUUUAUAAAUAUUAACAAAAUACUGAUAUAAAACGAUGUUAUAAACAUUACGAUAAUUAUUCAUAUCUUAAAAUAUAGUGUAGUGCACGAAGCUUAGAUUUGUUCUAGGAUCACACAUAUUUUGUUAACCUAAACUAAAUUAGCGGAAAAUACAAUAUUGUCACAGAAUAAGGAAAGUAUUAUGUACGCCAUUUUUUAUAAAUAUAUUAUUAAAUCGGCCAUUUUUCAGCGCUAUUUCUCGAAGGACGGGAGUAGAUUAGCUCAAGGACUUUACAUAAGCUUUGAAUCCCACGAACCAUACAGUUUUAUACUGUUAUCUUAUCACCUACAAUGCUACACAAUCAUUGACCUUAAAACUGCUGAAGGUGAUGUGUACAAAAUCACAAAUAAUAAUAAUUAUAAACUGAAUAUAUACGUAUUUUACAUAAAGAUUAUUGUAACAUAGAUUGAUAGAACAGAAAUGGAUAUUUCAAACCAGUCUUAAUAGCCAUUACGCAUGUACCAGAUAAAUUUGAAUUUAUCAUAAAACGUUUAUUGAGUAGGUACUUAUAUAAAUGUGGUGAUAUGAAUAGACAAAUUAACAUAGGUAAAAUUGUACAAUUGUGUAGUUUCUAUUCACUCGGUUGCUAGUUUUUGUGAAUUUCAUUAAUACGUCUGUACGUACGUCUCAAGAGCUGUAAUAAAUAAGGCGGAUAAAAAAAUAUCUCCUUUAUGUAGUAUUUCUUGGCUACUGAUUUUACAUUUACCACAACUUCUAUCGUGAAAGCACCAUUAGAAGUGAUUUUUUGAAUACAAUAUAUAUUUAAAUUGCUUGUUUUGAAAAACUAGACGAAAUUAUUUUUUAAAGACACCAUUGAUACAAUUGUUAUAAUAUUUUAUGUUUAUUUGUACAUCAAAGGUGUUUAAAGUACUAUAUAGUUUCGAUUUAUGCAUAGUUACAAAAUAGCUUUAAUAGGCAAACCUUUGUUGUUUUUGACAGAUACAAAUUAAUCCAUAUUUUAAGUUGAGAGUGAAGCUCUUUUGUUUUAAACGUUAAAUACCUCAUGUAGAAUACCUUUGGCAAAAGAUCGAUUGCUUUAAAUAGAACAAAGGGCCUACCAUGAGUCACAUUGCCUCUUUUAACUUUCUCUUUUGAAUGCAACAUUUUGUUGCUUUAGAAAAUCACAUAAUAAUACAUAACUUAAUAUAAAGUAUUGCAUAUUUUUCUAACGAUUUUACGACAUUUAUAAUAGCUUAUUUAACCAGGUGGUUACAUUUCGUGCUUUAAAACUUAAUCUAGAAUAAUUAACACAUAUCAUGAGCAAAAUUAGUACUCAAAAAAUGUCUUUUUCAUACAAAGAGACAUUAUUGAUUAGGAAAUAAUUGUAAUAAAGUGUCUACUUAGGUCACAUAACAUUUUCUUAUAAUACAGAAUGUGUCUUUGUUUAAAACUAACAUCUGUUCCACUGGUACAGAUAUUACAAUGAAUACAAAAAUUUUAUGUGAUUACAUCUGACGUAGAAUAAACAGGACAUCUAUAGAUGGAAGAGACCGCUCGGCCGGCGACCAAUCACGUUAGUGUAAAAAGUUAUACACAAAUAUUAUUUACAAAAGAUACACAUAUCCCGGCCAAUCACAAAUACAUAUAAGUUCGAUCAAACCGAACACAUUGUGGACUUAUUACCAUGUUUCUCUAUACACACUUAAGUGCUAAACUAAUCUUAGUUGGUACACAGCAUCAGAGUUAAAACACAGUUGUAAAACUAUAGCUUCAAGGUAUAUUGAUAGGGACACGCCAGGCACGUUGUUCAAGGGAUUGUGACUGCAGUUUUGUGAUGUUAAAUGCCAUAUUGGUGGAGUCGCCAAUAUACGGAGGUUGGUAACCGAGUGUGUAG